AUGCGAGCACAUGGAGAAAAGGCCGACCGGGAGGCCGAGCAGUACGAGCUGAACGCCCGGAACCAGGUGACGCUCUGGGGACCCAGCGGGAACAUCCUGGACUAUGCCAACAAGCAGCUGGGGGGGCUGGUGCUGGACUACUAUGGCGUGCGCUGGAGCCUCUUCGUCUCUGCCCUGGUGGAGAGCCUCAACUCGGGCAGCCCUUUCCACCAGGACCAGUUCAACCAGGCUGUCUUCCAGGUGGAGAGAGGCUUUGUCUACAACAAGAAGCGCUACCCGGCCGUGCCGGCUGGCAACACGGUCUUCCCGCGUGUGAAUGCCACUCGCCUCGGGGGCUGGAGCCACUUCGACUGCACCUACUCGUGUACGUACCUGCUGGACCCGGAGGACCCCAUGUUCCAGGUGAUCGGGACCCUCUUCCUGAAGGAGCUGAUCAAGGAGUUUGGCACAGACCACAUCUAUAGCGCCGACACCUUCAACGAGAUGACCCCCCUCUCCUCCGACCCUGCCUAUCUCUCCAGGGUCAGCAACGCUGUCUUCAGGUCGAUGACGGGAGGCGACCCCGAGGCACUGUGGCUGAUGCAGGGCUGGCUCUUCCAGCACCAGCCGGACUUCUGGCAGCCGGCGCAGGUGCGGGCCCUGCUGCACGGCGUGCCCCUCGGCAGGAUGAUCGUCCCCGACCUCUUCGCCGAGUCCAAGCCCGUCUACCAGUGGACGGAGUCCUUCUACGGGCAGCCCUUCAUCUGGUGCAUGCUGCACAACUUUGGGGGCAAUCAUGGCCUCUUUGGCACCGUGGAGGCCAUCAACCACGGCCCCUUCUCAGCUCGGCGCUUCCCCAACUCCACCAUGGUGGGCACCGGGCUGGUUCCUGAGGGCAUUGAGCAGAACGACAUGGUGUACGAGCUGAUGAACGAGCUGGGCUGGAGCCAGGAGCCCCUCGACCUCCCCAGCUGGGUGACCCGCUACGCCGAGCGCCGCUACGGCGCCCCAAAUGCCGCGGCAGCCAGGCUGCCCUUCAACUCCGUGUACUGCGCCAGCAAGUUUGCGGUGGAGGGGCUGUGCGAGAGCCUGGCCAUCGUCCUGCGGCCCUUCAACAUCCAUGCCCGGGCAGUGCUAUCCAGGCAGGGUGACGACAAGGUCCUGGCGGAGCUGAUCGAGCCGUAUGAGGUGCGAGCGGCAAAGCUGCGUCAGUUCCUGGAGGAUGUGAAUCCCUCACUGCGUUAUGACAUCGUGCCUCUGGUCGACCCCUACGGCCCCUCGGUCACAGACCCCGACCUGCAGUGCUUGGUGGUCAGCGAGGAGACCCGCAGGGGAGGGGAGGCCGUCAACAAGAAGAGACUUGAAAACGGGCUCCCCGAGCUGGCUCUCUACGAGAUCCUGUUGAUGAAGGACCCCGACCACAGUCAGAACGAGGAGGAGAAGAUCAGCUCCUCCAGCCUCCGGCAGAGGCUGCUGGGGACGCUGCUGCGGCCCCCGCGGCAAGACCCCACCUUGCCUUCGCGCCCGUACGUGAUCGGCCUGACCGGAGGAACCGGGAGUGGGAAAACCUCCAUCGCCAAACUCCUGGGGCACCUGGGAGCCUUCCUCAUCGACGCCGACAAGCUGGGCCAUGCCAUCUACGUCCCCGGUGGCCCUGCCUACGAGCAGGUGGUGGCGGCCUUUGGGGCAGAAAUCCUGAAUGAAGAUGGGACGAUUAACAGGAAAGUCCUUGGGGCCAAAGUGUUUGGAAACCAGGAGCGGCUGAAGAGUCUCACGGACAUCAUGUGGCCUGAGAUCGCGCGGAUGGUCAAGGAGCGGAUCAGGGAGGCAGAUGCUCAAGGAAAGGCCGUGUGCGUGCUGGACGCUGCCGUGCUGCUGGAGGCUGGCUGGCAAGACAUGGUCCAUGAGGUGUGGACGGCCAUCAUCCCGGAGGAGGAGGCUGUGAAGCGCAUCAUGGCCAGGGACGGGCUGAGCGAGGAGGCUGCUCGCAGCCAGCAGCAGAGCCAGAUGACCAACAGCCAAAGGGUGGAGCAGUCGCAGGUGGUGCUGUGCACGCUCUGGGAGCCCGAGGUCACGCGCAAGCAGGUGGAGAAGGCCUGGGACCUCCUGCAGCAGCGCCUGAGCCAGGAGCGCAGCCCGUGA